UGGUUGGUUUUCGGGAAAUGUCAAGACGAAAGUGAAGCGAUUUUUUGCAUCAUUCAUUGUCAUUGGGUUUUGUGGUCCCCGUGAGAGAGUCUUUGUUUGAACAGCAAGCAGAAUGUCGGUGGAAGUUGAAGUGGGGGUUGCUCAUGAGACUCCAAAGCGGUCCCAGGUGCAGAGUUUACCUUCAGAUUUCACAGAUGUUCAACCGCGAUCAUAUGAUCCAGAUUUCAUCUCAGAUAUCAGUAACAAGAUGCAGGUCCCUGAAAGGAUUGCCAUGGGAGAUCGAGACCUGUCAGAAAAUGGUUACAUGAUGGAUGACCACAGUGUUACAAGGCCGAUGAAUGUCCCGGAUAGGAUUAUAUUAACAGGUGCCAAUGAGCAUGUGGCCACUAGGCCUCGUCUACAACAGUUCCAAUUUGACACCGCGCCAACACAAGCCGCUGACAUGUCCUACGUGAAUUUGAUCACUCCUCCGCGUACCCUGACCCUGGGGGCAGAGCACUUUCCCACUGUGGAUGAUCCCGAACAGUUGGAGGAGGAGGAAGAGCGCAGGGUUCAGCACUACACUCAGCAGCUCAAUGGGGCUGCCAUACCGGUUCCUUUCACCCCUGGAAUUUCGCCUAAUGACUCUCUGCUGCUAAACGAGGAAGCAGAGGGAACCUUGUUAAGGACGCAGCUGGCCAAGCUGACGAGGCGCCUCACUGUCAUGGAGCAGGAGAACCAGAAGAGGUCGCAAAGGGAGUUAAUGCUGUACCCGAUUGUGUUUGGGUACUUCCUGUUUAAGGUGUUUGGCUGGUUUUUCCGCAGUGGUCGGUGACUAGUGAGUCGGCCUGUGGGAGACAGGCUGAGACUAGUCUACAGACAGUGCAUAAAACUUCUCCUCUACUGCUUAGCUCUUCUAGGGGUGUAUCAAACCACCAGGUCUGGAGUACUGUCCAAGCUGUACAAAGUCACUUGUAGCAUGCUCUACCAGGCCAUGUAGAUAGACAGAUGUCUUUACCAGGCCAUG